AGUGGCAAUGAACAGUUCCAUCCUUCCACCAAUUCAAUUCAACAUUCAAUUUCCGAUUGCAUUCCCUCUCGUGAGAGAGGUUUACGUUCGACAAAAUCUGUCUCGUAGAAGACGUUCCUCAAUCUCCCAAGGCAAUCUCUCGCCCCAAUCUGGGCAAUUUCCAGUUUCAUUGACUUGGAUUUUCUAUGGAAUAUGGACUCAUAGACAGCAGCGGGGGUCGUGUGGCAGGGAACGGAAGAUCAUUUCUACCAUCAGCCCCAUUUCAAAGCAUUCAAAUGGAUAUGGAAUACGAAAUACAUAAUCUGGAACAGAUUGCAUACGAUGCUGUUUUACGAGCUUUCAAAGCACAAUCUGAUGCACUAACAUGGGAGAAAGAGGGUCUUAUAACAGAAUUGAGGAAGGAACUCAGGGUGUCAGAUGAUGAGCAUCGAGAACUUCUUAGUCAGGUCAAUGGUGAUGACCUCAUUUGCAGGAUCAGAGAGUGGAGGGAGGCAGGUGGUAGCCGAAAUAUAGCCCCCAAUGUCGCCCAGCAUAUAAACAACCAGUUACCGAGUCCUACAAUUUCAGCUUCUCGUAAAAGGCAAAAAACUUCCAAUUUUCAUGCACAUUCUCAGUCUUUACUUUCUCAGCCAGUGGCUGGUAGCACCCUGCCUUUAAAUUCAGUUGUGAAACGGGGACCUUCUUCAGGGAUUGGUGGGAGAAGGACAAAUGCUGGUCAGCUAGCUUUAACUUCAAGAAAACCCAUGCAAUAUCAGUAUGGUGAUCAUGUUGCUUCUGGGGCUCCUAUGGAUGAUCCUUCUGAAAGCAUCCAGGAGUCCUUAAUCGGUAGGCGGGUGAUGAUAAGAUGGCCUGCAGACAGUAACUUUUAUGAGGCUGUCAUAUCUGAAUACAAUCCUGUAGAUGGCCGUCAUUCUCUGGUGUAUGAUAGCAAUCUGCCCAGUGAGACAGUGGAAUGGGUUAACAUAAAAGAGGUUCCCCCUGAGGAUAUUUGGUGGGUGGGCGAGGAUCCUGUAGUAUCUCGACUAGGCGAGGCAGGUGGACCUAUCUCUGGAAGAGGGAGAACAUCCUCAAUGAACCCCCAUGCCAAUGAAAUGCAGCCUUCACGAAAUGGGGUUUUGAAAGACGAUUCUGAGGAAAUUGAGAUAUUGCAUACUGAUACAUUAAUUAAAAAGGUGGAGAUGGUGCUUGAAGCAAGUCAUCCAGAUGCAUUAGAGAUUGACAAGGCUAAGAAAAUGCUCAAGGAGCAUGAACAAACGUUGGUUCAAGUAAUACAAAAACUUGUUGAUGCCUGUGAUAGUGAUGAAGAGCAACAGCAACAGACUAACAAUUAUCGUGACCCUGGCAAUGAUCUCGAGAUUGCAGGAAGGGCUGGAAGUUAGGAUUUGGCUAGAGGUUCAAAGUGGUGCAGAAUUCCUACAAAGGAUGCUAAUGGAGUAAUGGUUGUCUAUAGUUUAACCCUAAACUGCCUUGUGUUUUGUAGCCUUUUUAGAUACAUGUGAUUAAUUUAACUUGGUGCUGUGAUUAGUUUGCCUGAUGGGUAAAUAAAUUUAGGGUAUAUUAGCAAUUGUUUUAGUGUUCACAAUCCAUUUCUGCAUUUUUCAUUGAUUUGGAUGUUGUAAGUUAGAUUCUUUAUUCAUGUAGUACAUCAAAAAAUUGUGAUUGACAAAUAUGUCUGUUGCAAUUUAUGAUUAGUUCAUUUUUAUGUUUUA